CGUGUUCUUUGGCCACCUCACGGUGUUUUUGGACAGCCACUUCUUGGCCGGCUCCUGCGCACAGCGCGACAGCGAGAAGUCGCCGAGGGGCCUGCCGGACGCGGCAGGGGCUGGACGGGCUCUGCUCGGCCCUCGGCGCGGCGCACAGGUGGUUUUUAGGAGAAGCACAGCGCCCUGAGCCCGCCCCUGCACGCGGCCGACGGUUUCCCGCGUGUCCCCCGGCCCGGGACCUGUGCGCCCGGCAUUGGCAUCCCAAAGCCCGGAGCAAGCUCCCGCACGCCCUGGGAGACCGCAGAAACCCGCCCGCAGGUGCAGUCCGCGGACUUCGACACAGCGGCAAAGGGAAACUUCAAAAAAACCCAACCCCGCGUUUGCAACAAAAUACAUGAAUCUGGAAAACAUCGUGCUUAAACCCACCUACUCUCUGCUGGGCAGGCAGCCCCGUCCUAAGUCGUCUGAUUGAAGGCGUGAGUCACAACGUCCCGGAGGACGUGCGCUCCCUGUCGUGUGUCCCCUCCGCGCUGCUCUCUAACCGGCCACUCCAACACGUCACCUGUCCGUUAGCUUCUGGGUGUGAGGUGCGUGGACCCUGCGUUCCUGGGCUCAGCCCACCGUUGCCCCGUGAGAUGAUUCCACGUGGGACUGUGUGUCUGCAGACAAGCAGUCUUCAAGCCCCUGAGAAUGAGCCACACGGACACAGACAGCAACCUCGAACCCACAAUGCUUUCAAGAGCCAAACCUGCUGUGGGCGGGGACCCGCCGCUGGCCGACAGAAGGAAGAAGAAAGGCAGGAAGAGUCCCAAACUGGAGGAGCUCCUUUCGCAGAGGGAUUUCACCGGCGCCAUCACCCUGUUGGAGUUCAAACGUCAAGUUGGAGAACAAGAAGAGGAUACUAAUUUGUGGAUUGGAUACUGUGCUUUUCACCUGGGUGACUACAAGAGAGCUUUGGAGGAAUAUGAAAACGCAGCAAAGGAAGAAAAUUGCAAUCCUGAAGUCUGGGUGAACCUAGCCUGCACCUACUUCUUUCUUGGGAUGUAUAAGCAAGCUGAAGAAGCUGGAUUUAAAGCUCCAAAAAGCCGACUCCAAAACCGUCUGCUCUUCCAUUUGGCCCACAAGUUUAAUGAUGAAAAAAAAUUGAUGAACUUUCAUCAGAAUCUUCAGGAUAUCACAGAAGAUCAACUCAGUUUGGCGUCAAUCCACUAUAUGCGCUCUCAUUACCAGGAAGCCAUUGACAUAUAUAAGCGAAUCCUGCUAGAUAACAGGGAGUACCUUGCGCUCAACGUUUAUGUGGCCCUCUGCUACUACAAGCUGGACUACUACGAUGUCUCUCAGGAAGUCCUGGCUGUCUACCUGCAGCAGAUUCCCGACAGCACCAUCGCACUCAACCUGAAGGCCUGUAAUCAUUUUCGCCUUUACAACGGCAAGGCAGCUGAGGCAGAACUCAGAAGCUUGAUGGACAACGCUUCUUCAUCCUUCGAAUUUGCCAAAGAACUCAUCAGGCACAAUCUGGUUGUGUUCCGAGGAGGUGAAGGGGCUUUGCAGGUCCUACCUCCCCUGGUUGAUGUGAUUCCCGAAGCGAGGCUAAAUUUAGUGAUUUAUUACCUUCGUCAAGAUGACGUACAAGAAGCUUAUAACUUAAUUAGGGAUCUGGAACCUACUACUCCUCAGGAAUAUAUUCUUAAAGGAGUGGUCAAUGUAGCCCUUGGCCAGGAAACGGGUUCAAGGGAUCAUAUGAAAAUUGCCCAGCAGUUCUUCCAGUUGGUAGGAGGAUCGGCUAGUGAAUGUGACACCGUACCGGGGCGGCAGUGCAUGGCAUCCUGCUUCUUCCUGCUUAAGCAGUUUGAUGACGUGUUGAUUUACCUCAACUCAUUUAAGAGUUAUUUCUAUAAUGAUGACAUCUUUAACUUUAAUUAUGCACAAGCCAAAGCUGCUACAGGCAAUACCAGUGAAGGAGAAGAGGUGUUCCUCCUCAUCCAGAGUGAGAAGAUGAAGAACGACUACGUCUACCUCAGCUGGCUGGCCCGGUGCUAUAUCAUGAAUAAAAAGCCAAGACUAGCCUGGGAACUUUAUCUCAAGAUGGAAACCUCUAGCGAGUCCUUUAGUAUCUUACAGCUCAUUGCUAAUGACUGCUACAAGAGAGACCCUGCGAGAAGUCCUCCACUUACUGAGAAGCACAGGCAACACCCAAGUGGAGUACAUCAUCCGGAUCAUGAAGAAAUGGGCCAAAGAAAACAGAGUGCCUGUCUGAAGGCCCGUCCCAGGCCGCCUCCUCCCACUUCCCCGGAGGAGGGGCGGGGCUCGGGCUGGCUGACAUUUGCCUUCCUUGCCUCUCCCACGUCAAGGUCAGUGAGUGACUGCCUGGACCCAGCCUCCUGGCUGACCAGAGCACCAGGCUACAGCUGUGGCCCUGCGUGGCCCUGCCAGCAAUAAGACUUUGAGUUUAUCGGUGCCUUUCUUCCAGAGAUACGCGGGAUGCUCUUACGUAGGCCCCGACUGUAAAGAGAACAGCUUUUCCCAUGUUAGCGUCUCCUGACGUCUGCUCCUUGCCAGGUAACUGUGAUACCCAGAAGUCGCCAUCGUUCUGUCAGCUUGCUCUUAGCCGCCCUGCACAUUCCCUCCUAGUGGGAAUCCCAUAAAGGGUCCUGUGGCACGUUUCUGUGUCUCGGGGGACAGAGGUUGCACGUAGCUGUGUGUUCAGGGAUGGCAGCAAGACCCUUUACCAAACUGUGCAGUCGUAGACACAUCGCAGGCUUAGGAUUUCUGUCUCAGCAGCUGAACUGUUGCCAGUAACAGCGCGGUGCAGGGCAGCCAGAGGAGACGGUAGCCUUUAGGGGAUGAGUGAAGGAGCGAGGCACCUGUGACAGUUCAGGAAGCAGAGCGCCGCUCGCGGCAGUCCCGCCUCCGUCCCGCAGGGCACUCAGAGGGCUUGUGGGAAAGUGGAAUGAAGACCCGACGCAGAAACAUCUUCAGAUCCACGUAGUGCUUUCGUGAUACACACCUUCCAGUGACUUGUGAAGACCCUCGUAUUUUAAUAACCAGGCAGAUGAUGUUAAAGGUCUCUCCCGAGUCAGCACCAGUUUUGCAAGUCGGGCUCCGGGGAUCACACACGUGCAGUGUGGGUGUUUCUGGAUGAAAGGGUGAACCGUGAGUUGUGUGGAAUCCUUUGAGGGACCCCCACUGGCAGACUUGGUGUCCUCAGAAUCCAGCCCGUGUUCUGAGCUCUCCCCAUGUUAGUCCACUCCACAGCCGAGUUUUCAGAAACCAGACCCACAUCUCUUAUAUAUCAGGUUUUUGCUUCUGUGAGUUUCAGGUGCCCAUAGUUACAGGUCUAGAAAGUUCGGAGCCAUCCAUCCCUGGCCAGCAAAGGAUGGGUGGGAAGGGAACUGACGGAACGCUGGGAUUCCUGGGGCGCUUCCUUAGCCCCAGAGUCCACCGUGCUUAAGGAGGUGUAUGGAGGAGGUGGGAACACGGGAGCCCUAAAGCCUCCGGGGAGAGGGUUAAUGGCCGGAGGCAGGCUUGGGGCUCAGUGCUGCUCAGGGGAGUGCCCGCCUGCCUGGCCUCUGUCUCGCACCCCAUCCAGUCAGCAGGGAGUGCGGGGAAUCAGCUGGCCUGAAUGACUACGUCAUUGUUCAUAUCGCCGAAGCUUCUGUUCCCUCCUUGUGUUGUCCCUGCCUUGUCGGCCAUAACUGGUUCUCAGCGUCUAGGGUACGAGGUGCGUCCCAUCUGGGAAGAACCUGCUACCAUUUUUUGUUGUUCUUAUAAUUCUUACCUCACUUGAAACAGUAGGAAACACAGUAGUGGCAAAGACAGACGGAACUUCUCAGUAGCUUUUGGCAAUGAAAUUUGUCUUCCAGUGAAUCGCUGUUAUUUUAAAAUUUCCUAUACUCGCAAAGCUUUUCCACUGAUGGUGAUUCAUGUUUAAAUGAGCUUCUGUUGAAUUGAGCACUCAAGUUUUUCCCUUACAUUUUCCUGUCUUUUGGGAAAAAAUAUUCCAAAAAUAGCAGAAUUUUAGACUAAUUUUUAAAAGUUUUUAAUCUGUAGAAUUGAGCCAAAAAAAAAAAAAAAAAAAAACCAUAAGAACUAGCUUAGAGAAAAGUACCAUGCAAUGCUGUUGCUAAGGAUUGCUGCUUGUCUUAGACACAGCCUGGGGGAGGGAGGCCAGGCUCUAGAAUGGGCUCUGUGGCAUCAGUGGCUGUGUGUAGUCCCGUACAUUCCAUGCACGUGGGAAACAGCCUUUCACAGCUACUUUUGUACUUCGAUUACUA